AUGAGUAUUGAGGCGCCCCAAAACUCUGCUGCAGAUGAGAGUAUUCGGCACCGGCCACGUGUUGCUGCGCUGCACCUCACAGUAUGCCUCUGUGCCUCACUGCACGCCUGGAUGCCCAUGUUCCCUUUGAUCAAAGUUUCGAGGCGCCUCAAAACUCUGCUGCACCUCACGGUAGGCUGCUCCCCGCAACUCCUCUCAACUCCUCUCAACUCUUCUGUCUGUACAUCCCCCCUCACUGCAGGAGUGGCGGCUGGAGGAAGAGGGAGGGGUGGUGCAGGGGGUACGGAGCUACUACACUCCCACAUCGUCCGACUCGCUGUCUCUGCCUGUGCCUCCUUCACCCCUACCACCCCUAUCACCUCUGUCCCCAACCCCCGGCACCUUUACCGGUUUCAGGAGAGGCGGCUGGAGGAAGAGGGGGGGGUGGUGCAGGGGGUACGGAGCUACUACACUCCCACAUCGUCCGACUCGCUUGUCUUGGCCUGCUACCACCCAUCUCACCUCUCUCUGUACCCUCCCUUCCCGCCCCCGCAACGCCUGCCUCUGGUACCUCUUCCUUCACUGCAGGAGCGGCGGCUGGAGGAGGAGGGAGGGGCGGUGGAGGGGAUAAAGAGCUACUACACUCCCACAUCGUCCGACUCGUUCAUCUCGGCCUUCCGCUCCUGGCUGAGAAGGUUUGCGGGCGGCAAGGCCCGUUUCCCCGCCUAUGUGGAUCCGAAGCUGCCUCCUGCCAAGUCCCGGCGGGAAAUUCUCGACAGGCAAUGCUUCCACGUGCGGCUGUGCCCUGACUGCCAGCGAGUGCAGCGCUGGUCUGACCGCCUCCGCAUCGCCCUCUGGGCCGCCACCCUCCUCCUCCUCGCCGCCACCGCCCUGUUUCCCCUUGCCCCACCCGCCAUAAAGAACGCAGUGGGUCCGGCUGGUGCUGUCUUCGCAGCAGCGGCUGCGGUGGUGUGUGCAGCUGCUGCCCACUGGUUGAAGGGGUUUAUUGAGAGGAAUUAUGUGUAUGAGGACUUUGUUCAUGCGCUCUGGUACCCUGCGAAGAAAUCAGCUUAA